AUGGGGCCCAGUGUGGCUGGUUUGGACGACAGCCCGAGGAAGUCGGAGGAAGUGCACACGCGUGUUUCCCCUGUCUCAGCAGGCAAUGGUUCCAAGCUCAAUGCGCCCAUCAAAGUCCCCUACGUCACCUCUGCUUUACGACGCGCUCACACCGUUGCACAAGCAAAGCACAUUGCGAAGAAAACAAACAUUGGCUCGGGAACGGCAGGGGACAAGGCGGCUCCUCCUUUGGUACAGACCAAGGACAGCCAUGAAGUGCUCCGAGCGCGGUCUUUCAAGCUCCUUGAUACUAAACCGAAAGCUCGGCGUGAGGUCUUUGCUGGGCCGAGGGAAUCUAGUCAUUUUACUGUCGGAAACGUGGGCCAGAACGGCAAAAUAUUCCUGAGGCCCGUUCAAAACUUGUCUCGCAAAGAAUCUCGUCGUGCGCCAGCCGUCCCUUCAGAUAGCCAAUCGAAGCCGGAAUAUCUUCGUACGCAAGGACUAGAUGAUAAUAACAAGAACGAACCCUCACGAUGGUCCAAUUCGCAACUGUCCGAGCUCCGUUUCGAGGGCGAAGGGAAUGGGGAUGACGCUGCUUCAAUAGACUCGGGUUCGCAGCGGUACAAUUCAGACCGUCAAACUCGACGGCGCACGCUCCAAAGAUCGUAUUCCUUCUCUACAAUCUCGGAACGGUGGUCGGUUUCCCAUGAGGGGACCAAUACUGGAUUUCGGUUUAUUAUCGACCGGGCAGAUGAUAGACCUAAGUCAGCAGAUGAAUCUUCCCAUCAACACCUAGAGGUUCCAAUUCCGGAUUACCACCUGGGUAUGAGACGGUUCAACACGACAAACGUUUUACAUAGCUCGACGCACUCAAUGGAAGCAUGGACCUCAAGCACUGCUCGCAACACUUGCUUACAUGACGAUAUUCACCAUUCAUUUGCUCCCUCUAUAUUUUCUGGGGUGUCUGCUAUGGAUUUAGGCCGGAGUGCUGCCGUUAGCCCCGACCCAAUUGUGUAUGAUCCUGGCGACUCCAUCAAACCGUCAAUCUUCGAGACGCUGGUGACAGUGAUGGAUGAUGAGUCCGUCGUUCGUUACGUCCCUGGCACCAGGAAUAUCAGUGCUGCGACACCUGCGCGCAUAGUCGCGCAAAUAUCCUCCGAGUCCUUCAUGGAUUAUGAGCUUGUCUCAGACUUUUUUCUCACCUUCCGACCUUACCUCUCCGCAAGUUCUCUACUCUCCCUUCUGCUUGCACGUCUGCAAUGGGCAAUAAACCGUUUGCAGGAAGAUGGGAGAAUCAUAAGAAUCCGCACGUUUGCGGCCCUGCGCCAUUGGAUCUUAAACUACUUUGUUGAUGACUUCGUUCCUGACUUCAAAUUGCGAGCUCACUUCUGCGAGACUGUCAACCGUUUAUACGACAGCGUGAAGGCUCGCCAAGGUGGUGGUAUGAGUGAUCUGAAGAUUCUCAUCGACCUUAAACGAUGUUGGCAUGGAAAGUGCUCGGCCUAUUGGGACAUCCCAGACCAUUACCUGUCGUACAACAGCCCAGACCGCCCCAUUGAUCCUGGGGGCGAGGAGCCAACCGUAGGCGACUUGCAAAAUGUCGCCCCGACUCAUGGCACUCAAAUGCCUGAGCUGGUCGAGACGGCCAGAAAUGCACCGUUAUCCACGCAUCACGACCGGAAUGAUUCUUCUGCCACGGCUAAAAGUAUGCCAACUUCAGCUGGCAGUGACUGGAGCGCCCCUGCAAUCUCGUGCUCAUUGCCUCCUAAGUUACCCAAACGCCAUUCUAUGCCCUUCUCGGCCAACACACCGCACCCGGUGCCUGUAAAACCCAAGACAGCAGGCUUCUCUCAGGAUCCUGCAUCUCCAAUAUCUCCAGUUAGCGUGAGACGUAUCCCAUGUUAUGGCCAUAUGCACAAACGCAGUGGUAGUUUCUCGGACUCUUUUCGAGACGAUAGAGCCCCCAUCUCGUUGCAGCGCUUGGAUAACCAUGGGAUUUCCUCGGCGCAGGAGCCGUACUAUCUGGGUGGUUUGAUUCGCGGAGAACUAUACCCUCCCGCCGAGUCUUACAUGACCAUGAUGGCUCCCCCCUCCCCGCCUUUACCACCUCUGGCGCCUGGUAUGCGUUUUGACCGGCGCAAUACGGAUGGAUCAGGCAAACCUGCUGCUUCCAGCUCGGGUGUAAAGACGAUCAUCGGCUCUAUCCGUCGAGCUCUAAACGGCAAGAUUCCAGUUUCUAGUAACUCCCCGCGCCCCAUGAACGGACUGUCCCCACGAGGAAAAACUUCGGCACUUCCUACAAAUGUUGCAUUCGGAUCGGAUACCUACCGGGACAAAAAGCCUGGUCCCCCGGCAAAGAAGCCAACUAAAAUUGACCUUCUAUGCGACGAGGCUCUGCGGCAGUAUCGUCAAGCGUCCGGUGAGAAAGUCGAUUCGACAGACUUGAACGAGGCACCCCGACAAUGCACUGAACACAUUGCCGGCGAAACACCGCAAUCCUUCCUUCAUCCACCUGUUAAUAAAACGCAAAGCCAUCUAACCGGUGGUAGCCAGUCUAUAGUUAUUGUCGAUGACACAGGCACGCCAGUCAUGUCAGGAGGCGUUCAAACGGUUCCUGUGGGCCUUGAUCAGCCUCCUACGUUUCUUACGGGAGAGAACUCCCCUUCGACCCCAAAAGCUCAUACAUUUCUUGCUUCACCUCGAGCGUCCACCCUUGGAGCUGAUGAGUAUUCGUUGCCAAUUUACUAUGACGAAUCCAGCUUAAGACAGUCAAGAAGAAGUUUUGCUUUCCAUGGGGAGUCUGGCGGCCCUGCAUCGCAGAGAUCGUACUCUAAUGAGAGGGACUCUUCGUGGUGGAAGAAAAAGUCGUCAUCUGUACGUCUCCGAAAGUAUGCCUCAUUCCAGAGCAGUUUCUCGAGACACCGCCCCGCUAUGGAUAGCGAACUCGAAUCGUCAACAGCUGGGUCCAGCAUCCUUGAUAUUGCGGACAAACCACCCGGACCUACGCUUAGACGGAGACCUGGGGGCAAUCUACGUCGGAUGCAAAAUGGUCUGGAUGCACGUUCGUUCCGUGACUCAGCCUCAGCCUGGUCUGAUGUGACCUAUCAAAGUUCUGUAGCUGAUAGCACGGCUAAUACGUUGGAUGAUUCCGCGUCAAGGCCACAGACUAGUCUUGUACCUCCAAAGCCUCGAUUCUCGCUAUUGAAAACACACUCGUCUCAGCUCAUUCGGCGUUCUUUCGAAUCCGCUAUUGCUCGUUUUGCGCAGAUUCCAGAUGAAGACGACGGAGGAGUUGAGUCUGCAUUAUUGAAGCUUGAAGGGAAAUGGAAGGGUGAGCCAGCCGGUGGCGCGGCCAAUGCUACUGCUGGCCCAAGUCAGCAGGCACCUACCAAAGAUCAAGAACGUACGCGAGAAGGGUUGACACCGCAUGAUUUUAACCCACGUUUCAGUACCCUCUCAAGAGUCCAGCAGAAAAUGGGCGACAGCCUGACAUACUCUCAAGCGCAGGCGCGGAUCCUCACCAGAUCCUACUCUGGGUCAAACGUAGACUCUGAGGACUCCUACAGUUCUAUUCCACUCUUAGAGCGAGGACUUAGUGACGAGUCCAUGAAGAAGCCUGUGGAUGGAGGCCAACUCACUGCGCUUCAGCCCAUGGCAGCUAAUGAGGGGAGCUCGGAUGUUGGAUCAUCGCAUCCUUCCAUUGACAUGGUCAAGAAGACCGAGAGCAUGAAGCGCAUCCCGCGAGGAUCCAGUCUUCCUGUCCCUCAUCAAAAAUCCAGAGUAUCUCGUUUAUCUGGUCUAUCUUCGGAGCUUUCUGUCGACGUCAUAGACCCCAAGGAAGCCGCGGAUGCGCGGCUAUCGUUUGACACGCGAAGUCUCAACGAGUCGAGUGCUACAAUACCCCCUCACCCCCUUGCACAUCCACCUUCCCCCCCUAUGACUAUUCAAAAUCAUCGCUCAGUUCAUUCAUAUCGAGCUUCCCUGUAUCCUGACCUUGCCAAAGCUCAGCCCCUGACCCCAGACCCAUCUCCGAUCCAUAAGGCUGGGAAGCGGGCAAAUAUCCCAUCUUUGGAUAUGCAACAUGUGUCAGGAGACGUUCUCUGCCGAUCGGAAGCAGACCACCAUAUUUCUGCAAUCCCGAAAAUACCAAUCGCUCAACAUGUGCCCUUUGUCCUGUCAUGCGAAUCUCACGUUUUGGCCGAGCAGUUCACUUUGGUUGAGAUGGCUGCUCUUGGUGAGGUAGAUUGGAGGGACCUUGUUGACAUGAAGUGGAAUAGCGGUCCUCCAUUUACCACGAGCUGGGUGCAGUUCCUUAUGGACGAGGAGCGCCGGGGCAUUGAUUUAGUGGUGGGACGGUUCAACCUCAUGGUGAAAUGGGCUCUGUCAGAGAUUGUUCUCACCCUGGAUAUCAAGGAGCGGGCUCUUACCAUCUCCAAAUUCAUACACACUGCGGUACAUGCACGGAGAAUGUGCAACUACGCCACCAUGCUGCAGAUUUGUAUUGCACUUACUUCGACGGAUUGCUCUCGGCUCCAGAGUACGUGGGCGCUAGUGCCGCUCGAGGAUAGGCGGAUGUUGAAGGAUUUGGAGAUGCUCAUCCAGCCCGUCCGCAACUUCCAUGACCUCCGUGUCGAAAUGGAGACUGCGAACGUGCAAGAAGGCUGCAUUCCAUUUGUUGGACUCUAUAUCCAUGACCUCACGUAUAAUGCUCAAAAGCCUGCCCAGGUGGCAGCAACCCGCGAGGGAGAACCGCUAAUCAACUUCGAGCGCUAUCGCACGACAGCGAGAAUUGUUAAGAGUCUCCUCCGAUUGAUUGACGCGAGCACAAAGUACAAUAUCGAGCCGGUACCAGGAAUCGUUGAGCGUGUGCUUUGGAUCGCCUCCCUCUCGGAAGAACAAAUCCAGGUCCGCAGCAAGCUAUUGGUAUAAGGGGGUGAAGGAUGACCCUUACUACACACGACACCAUCUAUUUACUACCUAUAUUUCUGGUAUAUAGCGCUUGCAUAAUACCCCCGCAUUUUUCGACUUUUUUUGGCGUUUAGCGACUGAUAUCCCCGACAAUUUGUGAUUUGUGCAUGGGCGGCCUUCGUCCUGAAACUAAUGUAUAGUAUUCGUUCGUUUAGUGUUUAAU